GCAGUAAACGUUCGAAUAGUAUGAGGACGGAGGGUAACUGAGUUUAUCUGUUUAGCGCAAAUUUAAAAAAUUCUGUAAUUUCGUUUAUAUUUCUCUUUUCGUCAAAAUGAAUAGCUUUGUCAGUUUUGCUUUAACUGUCUUGGUUUUUGUAGUUUCACAAAUAACUGUAGGAAAUAGCAUAGAAUGUUAUCACUGUCGAUCAGAAACAGAUCCAGAAUGUGCUGCUGGAACACCUGAUCCUAAAUAUUUGACAAACUGCAGCUCACUCAAGGGUGGUCCACAGUUCGUAGCUUGUAGAAAAAUUGAAAAUUAUGUUGAUUUUCAAGUACUGGAUCAAAAACCAACAAAACGAAUCAUCCGUCAGUGUGCAAAGGAUGUUGACACUGAUCGCCCCUGUUAUUACAGAGCUGGGUUUGGUGGCCGAGCAAAUGUAUGCGACUGUUUCGAGAGCAGAUGUAAUUAUGCUUCCACACUCAUCAACUCAGUUAUCACUACUGCAAUAUGUGUGUUUGCAGUUUUCAUAUUUCUGUGAUAUUUUAGAUAAGUUACAUUGUAGGGAUAUCCUAAGUCAAAUGAAUUCACAGUUAAAACCCAUCCUCUUAAAAUAUUCACAACUAUUUUGUAAGGAAGAAAUUGGAAAAAGUUGCUUUUAGAGAAUAGUUUAUUCUUUUUAUUAAGCUUUUAAAAUAAUAUUUUGUGCUUACUUCUAAUUAAAGCUUUUUUUUUUUUUCAUUUAACUAAUAAUGAGUAAAUACUCAUUUAUAAGAAAUUUAUUGUAAUUAAGUAAUUUCGUACUUUCUUGUUCUUUAGUUAAAAUCUAUAUUUUAUUCAGUUUUAUAAUUAAAGAAUCAAUUAAAAAAACUUUAUUUUGAAUAACCUGUUGCAUAACUUAUUAUAAAAGUUCCCCCCCCUUGGUAAUGCAACCUUUUUUUGAGAAGGCCUUUUCAGAAAUUUUAACUUUGAAUAACUUUUAUAAUGCUCUUGAAUGUCUUGUUUUAUUUAAAUCAAUUAGUGCAAUAUGUAUUUUCGAAAUUACACAAAAAUACAUUUAUAAAAUUAUAGCUCUUAUUCUUAGUUUUAAAAGUUAUAAAUUUUCUAGAAGUGUAAUUAUAUGUUAAUCUUUAAAGUUGAUUCACUUGUAUUUUGCAAUGAAAAGAAAUGUAUUUUAAAACAUUAUAUACUUAAUUUGUAUUUUUGUAAUUGUUUUUAUUGACACGAAUAGAUUUAAGGGAUUAGAGAUUUUCAUUUCAAAAAUCAUUAAAUUCUUGUUUUGUAUUUUUGUAAUCAUAUUGAUUGACAGAAUUAAUUUAUGUCAUGAGCUUUCCUUUUCUAAUAUGAAACAUAUUUUGAUUUUGAAAAUUUGAUCUUGAAAUGUAUUCUUACAUUUCAAUAAGUUAUGUACAUAUUAUGUGAUGUUUAUGAUUAUAAGUAACUUUUUAAGUUAAGAACUGGUGCUUUGCAUUUCACUAAUAGGUCAGUUUUAGCACCAGACAGAUUGUUAUUCUGCUGGUUGCUGUACAAACUACUAAAAAAUAAUUAUUUGUACAUGAUGAAAUACUCAUCAUGCUUGGAUCUUCUCCUUGUAAUGUUUUUGCAGGCAUUGUAAGGAGGUGGCUUUUGUUUAAAAUUUUUACAUACCCCCAUUUAUUAGUUAUUUUCUUUGUGUUUUUAUUAUCUUAUGUUUCAUUUAAAAGAACCAAUUUUCAGAUUUAAAAGUAUUUUUUCAAGCAAAAUAUUCAUCUGUUUAAUUGUUCUUGGUUAUCCGAAAGUGAGCUUUGUUCAUGUUAAUGCUGCAUAUUUCAUGCAAUAUUAUGAAUAGAGUAUAGGAUUUUCUGCUUGAGUCUUAUCUUUUUGUUGUGAUAGUCCUCAUAAGAUGAUAGCCAUUUCGUUGAAUACCAGUGCUGUUACGUUUUGUCCCCCCUUUUUUUAAGGUUAUAAUCUUUUGGACUUGUGAUAUCUUUUAUGUUUGGAAGUUAAAACUUGUUUCCCAGUUAGAGAAUUUUGUUAAGAAUAAAAUAUUCAUAUUUUAUUUUAGGAUGGUUGGGUUUUUGAAUUUGAAUUAUGAAUUAUACAAAUACUUAUUUCUGGACUUAAUAUUUUUUUCCUGACAUACUUAAUAAAAUUAUUCCAAAUACUUAAACUUUCCAUGACUGUGCAUAUGUGACAUUUUUAUUUGUUAAUUGUUAAGUUUAUAAAUGAUAGAAUUUUUCUUUUUUAGAUAAAAUAUUUGAAUAUAUAUAAUUUUAUAAUCUUUCUUUACCGUGUUAUUUCUUUCAAGUUACUUUUCAUUUCAAAAUCUGAAUUAAAAAUGCAUUUAUAUAAGAAUAACAUAUGCAGCUGAUAAAAAUUGUAUUGCAUAGUACUUAUACAUUCAGAACUAACUACAACAAUUUAUCUUUUUUUUCUCCCGUAUACUUUUUUAAUGUAAAGUUUCUGCUUUUAAUCACUGGUUAAGUGAACCACUAAAAAAUUUUCAUCAGUUAUCCUUCCCCCCUUCUUUUAAAGAAACAGGAUCUGAUAGGACAGUAUGUGAAAAAAAAAUUGUUUAAUUAUUUAAAUAUAGUAUUCAUUGGAAAAAAAAUUUGCUCUUUUUAAUUAAUAUGAUCUGUCACUAAUAAUUAUUAUACAGGCAUAUUAAGUACUGUAAAUGCUGGACUUACAUACAUUCAAUUAACAUUAAAAUUUAAAAUGAUUUGGGAGAAAUGCAUUUAGAGUUAUUAAUUAAAUAAGCAUAUUUUAUAGUGGAUUUUAUAUUUGUUUAUGGAAGGUAUAUAGCUAAUAGAUAAAUCAGUGCACAAAUGCUACAUAAAUAUAAUGAGAUUUAUUGAUUGAUUUGGAAUUUUGUGAUUUAUUUAAAAUUCUAAUGAGUUGUGAUAUUAAAAUUUGAUAAUCUUCACUUCUGUUGAUCAUCUGUCAAUAUGAAAAGAAAAUCUAAGUGUUCAGAAUAAGUGCCAAAUAAGGCUGAUUUACAAAUUAAGGAAGAGUUCACUGUCAUUAAUAUAUUGCAGUCGCAUGAAUAUAUUCUUGAAAAGGAAAAUUUAUCCUUUUAUGUGACUAUCUUCAAAUUCUUUGUAGUGGUUUGAUGAUUUUGAAUUAUUUGAAGUAAUCUUUAGUGAUAUACAUCUGUGUAGAUAAAGAAUUUCAUUUCAUGUUUUUUUUUUUUUUUUUUUUUUUUUUUUUUUGUUAGAUGUGUACUAGUGCAAGUUUAAUGAUUAGUUGUACUUUAGUUUGGGCUAUGCUGAAUUUUUUGCUAUUUGCAAUUUCUAUUUUCUAAUUUUUUGUGCAUUUACAGUUUUUUUUGUAUCUGUUGCUUAAAACAUAUAUUACAACUAAUGGGAAUAUUAAUUUUCUCUAGAUUAGAAGUGUUAUAAGUAUAGUUACCUCUUAUCAAAUCUUUUAAACUUUGCUGCAUUUUACUUUUGACAGUACUGUUGUUUGAAGUUUGUGAUUUCAUCUAUAAUUUAAAAUUUGCCUUUUAUAUGAAAAAGUUUACUCUGCAUCUUGUAUCUAUUACUGUGAUGUACAUAUCCUGUAGAUGAUGUUUUGGUAUUAACAUUCCUUUAUAUGCAUAGUCAGUUUUCACAUCCAUAACCAUAGUUAUUUUUAAUUAAUGUAUAGAAAGAGGUUGAUUUUUCAGUUUGUAUUUUAAAAUUUAAUUAUAUAUUAAAAUAAAUACUCAUCCAUAUUUGAUAUGAGCAAAUAAAUUACUUUCCCUCUUUUUUCAUAUAGUUAAAGCAAAUCUGUUUUUGUUCAAGUUACAUUUCUUUUAGUUAUGCUGGGGCCAAAAACGAUUUCAGAGAUAUUUUGAAUUUUAUUCCUGUUAUUUGAUGAAAGCAAACUGGUGUUUUGAUUUGCAUAUUUUAUUAUGUUGGGGGCCAAACAUUUUCAUGGAACAAUAUAUGUAUUUCCAUAAUUUGCAUCGCAUUCAUGUAGCUGUUACUCAAAAGAGCAUUAUAAGCCAUAUAUCCUGAAUAUUCAUUCCAUGAAAUUGAAUUAUUGUUACUGACAAAGUCUGAUAUAUUUUGUGAUGCUGUUUUAAGCAAUUUUGAAAGUGGAUUUUCUUGUGUAAUUGCUAGGAAAAGAUUUCUAGAUACUUGAUGUACUCUGAGGGCAGUUAAUAUAACUUGCACUGCUGCAUGCAUUUUAAACUAAGAUCUGAAAUGCUAAACUUUUUUUUUAUGAGACUAUAGUAUGUAUUUACAAAACUGUACCAUUUGUGUUCCUUCUUAUAUGAAAAAUAUGAAAUCAUUCACAUUGGAUUUAUGGUCAGUGUCUAUAUUAAAAAGCUGUGGAAACCUCUUAUCAUUAUCAUGCAUACGAAUUUCCCCCCUCCCAUAAUUUAGUGUGCAGCAGUACAUAGUUGCUUAAAAUGUUUCAUUGGUUUUGAGUGGCUAAAUAGCUAGCAUUUGUUCCAAUUUGAAGUGGCACACUUAACUGACUACUCCAUAGCCAUAUAUAUUUUAUUCAUAUAUUAUUUAUAUAUUUUGUUUUAUUUUAUUAGAGAUGAUUUAUAUUUCCCAAGUUCAACACUUAAUUUUGAUAGUUAUGACACGUUUUCUAAUUGUUAGCAUAGUGAAAUUUUUUUAGAAAGCUAGUGUAAAAUAGGCAUCAAUUACCUUAUAUAGACAAUAUGUUUGUUUCUAGUAUUUGUGUAAAAUACAUUCAAAAGUUCAGUAGUUAAAUAUUUUUAAUAUAUAUGUGAAUGCACAUUUAAGGUAAUUGUUUUAUAGGUUUGUUCUAUAGUUGAUUUUUUGGAAAAUAUAUUGUUAUGUAGAGCAUUUUUUAAGUUUGUACAUAUCUUCUAUGAAAAUGUGCUUAUGCUGAAAUGAUUAGUAAUAAAGAUGUAUCAAAAUGUUUCUUCUUGUUUUUAAAACUUUUAUCAUUAAACUGUUAUUAAAUAAUUUUUUACUCAG